AUGGCUUUCGUUCGGGAUUGGAAACGGGAGCCUGGGUUGUUCAAGAAGCUCAUGUUGCCUUGCAUUAUUGGCCUGAUUCUCCUUGCAUUCGGCCUCAGGACCAAAACGAAUAUCGAAGCCGAGCAACCUGUCAACCGAAUCUAUAAGCGAAUCCUCCAUUGGGGCGGUGAAGAGGCUCAAACUUCGAAUACCGAUGCUAUUUGGCAGCCCAAAGCAGGAAUCAAAUGGCAGAUCCAGUUGGAGAAUCCAGUUGAUGACAUCUCCAUGGACGCCGAUGUCUUCGACAUUGACCUCUUUGACAAUGCCAUAGAGACAAUCUCCAAGAUACACGCCAAGGGAUCCAAAGUGAUAUGUUAUUUCUCCGCCGGAACAUACGAAGACUGGCGCUCUGAUGCGAGCAAAUUCUCCGAAUCAGACUUUGGCAAUGGUCUUGAGGACUGGCCAGGCGAGCGCUGGCUCGAUCUUCAUUCGACCAAUGUCCGCCAGAUCAUGAAAAGCCGUCUUGAUAUGGCACAGGGUAAGGGCUGCGAUGGUGUUGAUCCAGACAAUAUUGAUGCAUACGGCAAUGACAAUGGCCUCGGUCUGACCGAAGCUGAUUCCAUUGACUACCUGGAUUUUCUUUCGUCCGAGGCUCACUCCCGUGGCAUGUCAGUUGGACUCAAGAACGGAGGCGACAUUAUUGCCUCUGUCAUCGAAAAAAUGCAAUGGUCUGUGAACGAACAGUGUGCACAAUACGACGAGUGUGACGUCUAUGCCGCUUUCACCGAUGUCAACAAGCCGGUAUUCCACAUUGAGUAUGUCGGAGAGAUUGAUACUAAUACCAAGCUCAAAGCUCGAGUGACAAAUGAAGAAAAGUCCACGGUCUGCAAUGCGAAGAGCGCAGACAAGUUCUCGACUGUCAUCAAAAACAUGGAUCUGGAUGCCUGGGUCCAGUAUUGCUAA